AAAAGGGGCAGUCAUGCCAUGCAAUAAAAAAAGAAAAAGGAAGAGGAAAAAAACCAUGACCAUUAUUAAAGCCUAAGAACAGCAGGACUUGGUCCGUGUCAAUCCUCGCGAUCCGAAAACAAUUGGAGGUUUGAGCCUUCUUUUCUGCUCUUUCAUGGUUUCAUUCCAAGAACACCGAGAAAAGCCAUUGAAGAUACUGCUUCCUUCUUCAUUCCAUCAUCAUCAAAUCCUUCCAUUUUUAAGAUGGAUCAAGAUGAUCAUCAUGCAAAACAUUCUCGUCGGUACGUUCCAUUAACAAGAGUGCAAGAAGCACCCGUGGAAGAUAUUGAACCUGGAGAACUCAACCAGCCCAUUAAUGUCUCUCAGAGGAAGUGCAUUGAAUGUGGACAAUAUCUACCAGAAAGGCAUGAGCCUCCUGCUGAUGAAGAUUGGACGACUGGGAUUCUUGGCUGCCUUGAAGAUACUGAUAGUUGUUUCACGGGAUUAUUUUGUCCAUGCGUGUUGUUUGGAAGGAAUGUUGAACUGAGAGAAGAUAUUCCUUGGCCCAGUGCAUGUGUUGGUCAUGCAGUGUGUGUAGAAGGUGGAAUUGCACUUGCAGCAGCCACUGCUUUCUGCAAUGGUAUUGAUCCUAACACUUCAGUUCUCAUUUGUGAGGGCCUCUUAUUUGCAUGGUGGGUUUGUGGCAUUUACACUGGCCUCUUUCGAGAAUCACUGCAGAAGAAAUAUCAUCUCAAGAAUACUCCUUGUGAUCCGUGCAUGGUGCAUUGUUGCCUGCAUUGGUGUGCCUUGUGUCAGGAGCACAGGGAGAUGAGGAACCAUCUGUCUGAACCUGCUGAUAUGCAGAUGACUGUUGUUAACCCUCCUCCCGUUCAGGAGAUGAAAUCUGGCGAGAGCCAGGACCCUGCUUCAUCUGCACCUGAUGCUCCGUCUGUACAAUCUUCUGGAAAUGGUGAACAUACUGGUCUAGAGAUACAACCAGUGUAGGAUUAUGGUACAUCAUACACAGAUUGGACAAAGAGCUGAAUUCUUUUUAUAUUGUUAAUCAUUACGUUAUCUUACAUUAAUCCUUUGUCGGGGUCUUCAAGUAGAGCAAUUCAAGCUGGAAAUUUGUAUGAUGGUGAUUGGACUUGGCCCUUACUCUAGCAGCAAAAUUUGCUAUGAAUGUCAAUGAUUGAACUACACUUCAUAGCUCAA